AUGCUGAAACGUCACGCCGAAUUGCGUUGGCGUAAGCGUGACAUCUACUUGAUGGAUCUGUCCUCUCUAGGAACCAUGCUCAACAACGAGUUGCUUGUGCCGGGACUGGCGGUGAAAGUUGCUGUUGGCGACACCAUUGGGUUUGCUGUGUCCAUGCCGCUUGAGAAUUUAAAGAAGUUAGUUGUAGAUGCUCAGAUUAGCCGUAGGGAGACUAUACCUUUGAAGAAUGCUCGCACGCAGUUUGAAGUCGUGGUGACAGAGAUCAACUCGAAGAAGUUUUGUGUGAGUGUCUCGUACUUGAGCAAGGAUCCAGAUACACCUGGACGUAAAACGGUCGACCUUCCCCUCGAUACUCUGGCUGUAGAUCACCAGGAGAACGAGGAAGCCGCCGAGCAAGACAAUGAGCUUGAUGAUGAAGACAAUGAGCUUGCUGAUGAAGACACUGAGCUUGCUGAUAACAACUGGUCUCUUGGCAGUCUUCUGGCCAUUCAGACUCAAUGUUUGUGUGACGACUCCUCUUGUCAUUUCACUAGGCCCGGAUCGCAUGUAUUGUUAGACUUCUACGAUUCCCCUGACGGCCAAGACUUUUUGCUGGCCAUAGACGAGAUUCAUUUGGACGAGCCGGAUCUCUAUAUGAAGAUCAUUGAUCUAAUGCAGGUUUUUGGCACCGACCCUCUUUGCCUCCGUACUCUCUCUCUCAUGUUCCCACCCUUUCAAGAAUUGGUUGCAGAAAAACUCAUCGGAACACCAGUUUGGUCCUCUUUAGCUCCUCGCAGCGCCAUUUUCAAAAGUUUAUUCCAUUAUAUCAAAGAUUUGUGCUCGAAAACUGACGAUCCUGUUAAUCUGCUGGCCUGCAAUUCCGAAUCCUUUGAGACUGAGUCGGCUUCUGAUCCUGAAUGCUUUGAUAUUGAACUGGUUCCAGUGCCACAUUCUUCAUGUUUGUAUCAACAUAAUUGUUCUGAUACUACUGAAAGUGAUAAAGAACAUAGCGAGCUUCUCAGAUUGCCAUGUGAUGAGGAUGAGGACACUGACGCCUGUGGUGCCUACCUGAGCGACUUGGAGGGCGAAACUGAUGUUGCAUCAGGUAGCAAUAAUCUAGAUGAUUCUGAUCUAGACUUGGAAUUUGACUUGGAAUUUGAUAUUGAGCUGGGUAGCAGUGAUUCAAGUGCUUCUACCAAUGCAGAACUGGAUGUUGACACAUUUUCAAUUGUCGAUACUUCUUUAUCACAAGAUUCUUCAGGUCAUGACAUGUUUUCUGAUAAGUUUGAGGCUUCUUGUCAAGAUUUUGCCUUAGUUGACUGUCAGUCUCCUAAACUUUGCUCCGCAGCGAGCCAUCAGACUCCUCAGUCUCGCGAUAGGGUUCUGAGUCAGUCAGAUCACGAUGAGUAUAAGGCUGCAAUGAAAGAUUACGUGAAUGCCGUUGCGAUGGCAUUAAAGAAAGAUUGUCCUGGCUCGGAUAAGUCUGUGGAAGUAAUCGAGAUCGAGGAUGAAGAUGAGCCCGUGGAGAAGUCGCUCAAACGCAGGCGUGAUAAUGAUGGCAACAAUGAAGAAUCACUCAGCAAGAAAGCAAAGCAUGUAGCAUCUUCAAUUGGAAAAGGUGCUGCUAAGGGUGCUUGUGUUGCGGUCGGCACAUUUCUUGCUCUUGCAGCUUAUGGCAAUUAUUUGGAGAAGAACGGCAAAUUUUGA